CUCCAUACAGUGUUGAAACAGUGCAAACAGUCUCCAUACAGUGUUGAAAUAAUGUCAAAACAGUAAAAUUUACUCUUAGUAAAUUUAGUUUUUUAAUACUACAUAUUUGUGAAAUUCAUUUAGGGUCUUGUUUGAGGGACUGAGUAUAAACUAGAAGUAGUUUCUUUCAAAAAAGACUAAUAUGUGGAACUUUUUAUGUCGCUUUUUCACUUUCUUCAAAUGCGCACUUUUACAGUUACACCUCAAUCUGGCCUUUCCUCGUCUGAAGCAACACAAGUGAUUAGCCCGCCGUAAGGGUUCCGCCUGAAAUACGAAACGUUUUAAAAUUUGUGAGCUCCCCGCCGCUAGCCGGAGCGACCAUGACUGAUGGGAGUAGCCCACAUGACGUAGAACAUUCCGAUGAUGAGGUCAAUCCCUUCACGAUGCUCCUCCCACAGGAAGGAGAAGAAGAAGAAGAAUCGAAAGAAUCAGUGUCUCUCCAACACCAACGCUACAAUCUCCAAUCGAUCCACUCAACCAUUCUCAUUAGGCAGCUCCCUUCUCAAGGUCUUUCCUUCCAGCUCUGGCCCGCCGCCGCCACUCUCGUAAACCUCCUCGAUGUCCGCCGUCACGUCCACCCCACCCUCUCCGCCUUGUUUGCGCGUCAAGAGGCGGGGAACCGUCUCCGUAUACUCGAGCUCGGUUCCGGCACCGGUGUGACCGGAAUAGCCGCGGCGGCGAUACUCGGCGCCAAAGUCACCGUCACGGACCUACCUCACGUCCUCCCCAACAUCCAAUUCAACGUUGACUUGAACUCGGAAGUUCUGCAAAACCGCAGAGGCGCUGUUGAAGCGGCGGCGCUAUCGUGGGGAGAAAUUGGAGACAUGGAAGCCGUUGGGAGAGAGUAUGAUCUGAUACUCGGAUCUGACGUGGUGUAUCACGAUCAUCUGUAUGAGCCUCUGCUGAAAACGCUGAGAUUCUUCCUGUUAGGGCGUGGGGAAAGUGAAAGGAAGACGGCCUUCGUGAUGGCGCACCUGAGGAGAUGGAAGAAGGAAUCGGGAUUCUUCAAGAAGGCUAAGAAGGUAUUCGAUGUGGAGAUCGUUCAUACGGAUCCUCCAUUGGAUGGAUCUCGGAUUGGCGUUGCUGUUUACAUUUUCGUCCCAAAAAUUGGUCUUAGCUGACAAAACUGCUUCUGAGUCAUUGUUUCAUAGCUUCUGAUUAGCCUUCCUCCAUACUUUUUGUUUCAUUCAUCGACUGAUGCAAUGCAGGACAUUUCUCCAAUUUUUGCUUCAAUAUGAUUCUCAAUCUAGAUCGAACAAACAGGUGGCCGUGAAUUCGGACCACAGAUUGAAGAAAUUCAAUAAAUUUGACUAAAAUUUGC